UUCUUAAUUGAAGAUGGUACUAUCUAAAAAAAUCCACAGCCGCCUCUCCCCUCCGCGGCCGCUAGGGUUCGCUACUUUGCUCAAUCGCUCUCCUCUCUGCCGCCCGCAGCUGUUUACCUUCCGGCGUCGGGCUCGUCGCCGUCUGAGCCCCACGGCACGAGCCCUUGUGCCCUCCCGGGUACUGCCGAAUGGCGCCGCCCUCCGGUCAUCAUCGGUACCUCGAGCGGGGAAACUCGACGUCGGCGUCCCGCCGCAUCAUCUCCGCCGAUCCUCAGUCUUUCGGCCCGCCGCCAGGAGAUGAUGGCAUCCAAAAUGCAUGAUAUGCUUUGUCAGUGUUCUCUCUGUUGAAGUCUCGUUUUGAUGCUCCACGUAUCCUCAUUUCAGUAGACUUCAUCAAGUCAUGGGCUGUGGCUUCAAUCCUCGGAUUGUUUGUUUGCAUGUGCCGUGCUGCUAUGAAGCAUUGUUCACCAAACAAUGUUUUGGGAAUUUCUUCCCGUAUCCAGCUCCUGUUCCCACCCGCAGAUGCUGCCUCCAAGCUUUUCAUUGGUGACACUGUAAUAUCUGGAAUAUGUGUUGCACUUGCCCUCUGUAUUGCUGUGCCAAGAGGUAGCAAGAACCGUUUCUUUAAUUACGCAUUUUUGCGAUACACUGUCAGCUUGACGACUGUAAUUAUCAUCAUAAUGAACUGGUUUCAAUCCACACAGGGUGGGGGCCAGCCUGCUCUACAAUACGUUGCUUCUCGCGUGAUUGGUUUUGUUGCUGUUCACUGUUUGUGGAAUGUAGAAGUAAAACAGGGUGACAACAAUCAGCCGAUGAGUGAAGUGUGGGACUCCAACAUGUAUGGAAUCAAAGUUCAUGGAUGGUUUCUUAACGUUGCCAACAAGGAUGGUGACGCAGGUGAUGAUGGUGACGGAGGUGAUGAUGAUGGUGAUGGAGGUGAGGAUGAUGGUUACAGAGGUGAGGAUGGUGACGGAGGUGAGGAUGAUGCUACAUUUGCCUCGGAGGAUUACGUUGAUGAAAUGGACUCAUGUGCACGUGGGGUACAAUUGUUGUCCAUUCGUGCAAAAUUCCGUAUCAUCGGUACCAAUGCUUAUGACUGGAACCAAUGUGCGCGCGUCUAUGCGGCGCAAAUUGGGGAAGUACAACAGGAAGGAAUGGAUUUGGUACUCACUGGACCAUAUAGGAUGCUACAGGCUUACAGCAUCUUUGGCUUGGAGGUUUUCUCAUAUGACAUUGAGGGGGCUUCUACCGAUGAUAAAGGGGUAUUGUACCGGUCGUAUCUACAAAGGCUGGGAUGUUACGGAGCCUGAUGAAGUUGAGGAAUUCACACAAACCAUCUAUGCAGGCCUUGGCCGCAAGAUGGAGAUCACAUACUUGGUGAUUCCGGAAGCCGUUGAGACCCAUUUUGAGGUCAGGUUGAACCUCAAAGACCUCGGUUCGAGAAGCCAUGAUGUGUAUGGUAGCAUCAAGGCAAGUGCCAUUGACUAUGGUGGCAAAAGUGUCCCUCUCUUCAGUUAUGAACGAGGGAGUAGCUUGUCCCUGCCCUGGGGCUCCACGAGCAUUCUUCCACUGGGACCACACAUGAUUGCAUUGCCAUUUCGUCAAGAAUUCAAACUCCACGUAGAGGUGGACCUAAGAGUAAUCACAACCUGUGACAGCCUAGAAGAGGAUAAGAAUUUGAAAUUCUGUCUAGACUACAGUCGGAGAAUUAUGAGUGAAGAACGUCGAGAGCCUUACCUAAGAAUUAGGAGUCAAAAAAGAGAGGUCGAUGGUGAUGAAGUUGAAGUGGACGUCAUCUGGCACCUGGAUAGAGUCAUGUAGAGAAGGAUCUAGAAGAAAAAAAAGUGGAUGUGCCAUAUCUGGAACUUUGUGUAUGUUUGCCAGAUCAUAUUAUUAUCUAUUUUCUUAUGUUUGAUCUAUUCAUGCCGUUUUAUUUGAACUGAAGUAUUCAUGUUGGGUGAGUGGGAACAAGAAUAAUAGAAAAGUGUCUUUCGUA